AUGUUCCAGUUCACAGCUGGUUUCCCGAGCAGUUCGCAACGGCGGUCUAAGUGUGCGUGCAGUCGACGCGUGAUCGCCUGGCGGCCGCUUGGGCAACCCAAACGUGCGACUUUGCGUAGCGGACGCUCGGGAGUGCUUGGUAUACACGCAACGGCAGUAGUGCCGAGUCUUCCCGCUGAAUUUGCAUCUUUGGACGAAAACUCCGACCCGGUGGAGGUGAUCGACGCAGCGCUCCGAGUUUUCGGGUCUGACUGUGCUAUUGCGUUCUCGGGUGCGGAGGACGUGCUCCUUGUCGAGUAUGCGUCGCAAACGAAACGGCCGUUCCGUGUGUUCGCCCUGGACACUGGUCGGUUGCACCCUGAAACGUACCGUUUCUUCGAUCGCGUGGAGCGCCACUAUGAAAUCCGCAUCGAAUACUGCUUCCCGGAUGCGACUGAAGUAGAGAAACUCGUCCGAAACAAGGGUCUCUUCUCGUUCUACACGGAUGGGCACCAAGAGUGCUGCGGCGUCCGCAAAGUUCAGCCCCUGAGGAAGCAGCUGGCUACCCUUCGAGCGUGGAUCACGGGUCAGCGACGUGAUCAGUCACCUGGUACUCGGGCCGCGAUCCCCGUGGCGCAGGUAGACCCGACGUUCGCAGGUCUCGAGGGCGACGGCAUGCUUGUCAAGUUUAACCCGCUUGCGAACAUGAGCUCGAAGCAGGUUUGGGACACAAUCCGAAUUCUGGAAGUCCCAUACAACGAACUCCAUGAGCGCGGUUACAUCAGCAUCGGGUGUGAGCCCUGCACGCGUGCCGUCCUCCCUGGCCAGCAUGAACGUGAAGGCCGUUGGUGGUGGGAGGACCAAACCAAGAAGGAAUGCGGGUUGCACGCAGGAAAUAUCAGCGGAUCCGGGUCGAGUUCGAAACCGUGA